GGGCGCGCGGCCUUCCUGCACCAGCACCUGGGCCGCAGGGAGAUGACGGACGUGAUCAUCGAGACCCUCCAGCCCCGCACAGAUGCAACGAAAACCGCCGUGGAAGAGAGAAAAUCAUCAGAGGCUGCAUCUGCCGAGGACAAGAGCAAACAGGACAAUCAAAGUAAAGAGCGUGAGGCUGCUCCAGACUCGCCUUCCAAACAGCUCCCCGACCAGAUCUCCUUCUUCAGCGGAAAUCCGUCGGUCGAAAUAGUUCACGGCAUUAUGCACCUGUACAAAACAAACAAGAUGACCUCCCUGAAGGAGGAUGUCAGGCGCAGUGCCAUGCUGUGCAUCCUCACCGUCCCUGCUACCAUGACCAGCCACGACCUCAUGAAGUUUGUGGCCUCCUUCUACGAAGUAAUCGAGCACAUGAAAAUCAUCAGAGAUUCUACUCCAAACCAGUACAUGGUGCUGAUAAAAUUUAGCUCACAGGCUGAUGCAGACAGCUUUUAUAUGGCCUGCAAUGGGCGGCAGUUCAACUCCAUAGAGGAAGAUGUUUGCCAGCUGGUGUAUGUGGAAAGGGCUGAAGUCUUCAAAUCAGAAGAUGGAGCCAGCCUGCCUGUGAUGGAUCUGACGGAGCUCCCGAAGUGCACGGUGUGCCUGGAGAGGAUGGACGAGUCUGUGAACGGGAUCCUCACCACGCUGUGUAACCACAGCUUUCACAGCCAGUGUCUGCAGCGCUGGGAGGACACCACGUGUCCUGUCUGCAGAUACUGCCAAACACCUGAGCCAGUGGAAGAGAACAAGUGUUUUGAGUGUGGAGUUCAAGAAAACCUGUGGAUCUGUUUGAUCUGUGGGCACAUCGGCUGGGGCCGCCACGCGUACAAGCACUUCGAGGAGACGCAGCACACCUACGCCAUGCAGCUCACCAACCACCGCGUGUGGGACUAUGCCGGAGAUAACUAUGUCCAUCGACUGGUUGCAAGUAAAACUGAUGGGAAGAUAGUUCAGUAUGAGUGUGAGGGAGAUAUGUGUCAGGAAGAGAAAAUCGAUGCCUUGCAAUUAGAGUACUCAUAUCUGCUAACAAGCCAGCUGGAAUCGCAGCGGAUCUACUGGGAAAACAAGAUCGUCCGGAUAGAAAAGGAUACGGCCGAAGAGAUUAACAACAUGAAGACCAAAUUUAAAGAGACCAUUGAGAAGUGUGACAGUUUGGAACAGAGGCUGAAUGACUUGCUCAAAGAAAAGCAGUCUGUCGAGAGGAAGUGUUCCCAGCUGAAUAACAAAGUGGCUAAACUUUCCAAUGAGCUGAAAGAGGAGCAGGAACUGAACAAGUGCUUGCGAGCGAAUCAAGCCCUGCUUCAGAACAAGCUGAAGGAGGAGGAGAGGGCGCUGAAGGAGACCUGCGAACAGAAGGACCUGCAGAUCUCGGAAAUCCAGGAGCAGUUGCGCGAUGUCAUGUUCUACUUAGAGACACAACAGAAAAUCAACCACCUCCCAGCGGAGACCCGGCAGGAGAUCCAGGAGGGACAGAUCAACAUCGCGGUGGCGUCUUCGGCUGGCUCCUCCACGGCGGGGACGGGGAAGCCGAGUGCCCGGAGAGGCCGUGGGAAGAGGGGCAAGUGA